AUGGAAGAAAAAGUCCACCAGACUCCAGCUUCCCAACCUUUCAAGGCCGAAGACAACCAGACUUACAAGUUUGGCCUUGAUCUCGGCAAAGUCGAAACCCUCCAGAAUGGCACCUCGACAGCCGACCCAAACGAAGAAACACACCGAGGCUUCAAACCUCGCCAUUCACAAAUGAUCGCUCUUGGCGGUGCCAUUGGAACUUCAUUGUUUCUCGGAACCGCCCAGGUUCUACGUGUUGGCGGACCCCUGUUCCUCGUCCUGUCCUACGGGAUCUUGUCUAUCUUGAUCUAUUGCAUCGUUACCGGCAUCGCUGAAGUUGCCACCUAUCUACCUGUCCCUGGGGGUACCAUGGCUUACUACGGCCAUAAGUACGUGUCUCACAGCAUGGGCUUCGCCAUGGGAUAUCUGUACUGGUACUCUCUGGGAAUUUUGAUCCCCUACGAACUUGUGGCCAGUACCCUGCUCAUCGACUACUGGAACCCUGCAAUCAGCCCUGCAGUCUGGAUCAGUGUCAUUUACGUUGUCAUCGUCUUGCUUAACUUUCUCCCUGUGCGUUACUAUGGCGAGGCGGAAUUUUGGAGCGCCGGAAUGAAGAUCAUCUUGAUCCUCAUGCUCAUUUUCCUCUCCAUCGUGCUGUUUUUUGGCGGAGGUCCAAACAACGAUAAAUUGUACUUUCGAUACUGGAAGAACCCUGGCCCAGCCAACACAUACAUCAAAGACGGAGAUUCCGGGCGCUUAAUUGCUCUCCUACAAUCUUUUGUCUCGGCCUCUUUUGCUUUCGUGCUCGCACCGGAGCAACUUAUCGUUACGGCGGGCGAGAUGCAGUCACCACGUUACAAUCUUCCACGCGCUGCUCGGCGCUAUAUCUGGCGCCUUGUCAUCCUCUUCAUGCCAAGUGUUUUCGGAAUCAGCAUUGUCUGUGCCUCGAAUGAUCCUCGUCUUACCGCAGGCGGCACAGCCAGUUCCCCUUUCGUCAUCGCCAUCAGGAACAGCGGGAUUCCCGUACUUGACAGCAUUGUAAAUGCACUGAUAUUGCUUUCGGCAAUUACUGCAGGAAAUGCCUUUCUAUAUUCUGCAUCUCGAAACCUCUAUUCGCUCGCAAAAGCCGGGAAUGCACCUGCAAUUUUCAAGAGGUGUAAUCGCUAUGGCCUACCAUACUUCUCGGUCGCUAUCACGUCUUGUCUUGGAGUGCUUGCAUAUCUCAGCCUAUCCAACACGAGCCUUACAGUUUUUAACUGGUUGAUCAACAUCACCAACACAUCCGGGUACAUCAGUUGGAUUUGUUGCGGCAUCAUCUACGUCAGAUAUCGCAAAACCAUGGACUACCAUCAGCUGGAAUCUCCCUACCGAUCUCGUGUGCAGCCGUGGGGUAUUUACUUUGGAACAAUCGGCUCCAUGUUUUUGAUGUUGAUCAAUGGAUUCACGGUUUUUCUCCCGUCACAGUGGUCUGUUGGCACGUUCCUCACGGCUUAUAUCGGAAUCCCGGCCUUUUUGCUCAUAUACUUCGGCCAUCGAAUCUACCACCGGAAGGAUGAGUGGUUUAGAAGGCCGAGAGAUAUUGAUAUGCUGGAAGGAAUGGAUGAGGUUCUGGCAGCUGAGAGGCCUCCACCUAACAGAGGUCCGAUCGCACGAAAGCUUUGGGCUUUAAUUGAGUGA